AUGAGCGAACAAGUUAUGAGCCCAAACGGCUCGUCUGACGACAACUACACGGCACAGGCGCCGCGCGACUACCGCAAGGGCACGCCGAGAGCUGCGUCGUGCACGUCUCAUGCGCACGCUCACGCAAGGAGCGCGGACAACGAUGCGCUGGAGAAGGUUCUCAAGUUGCUAAACGGCAUGGACGAGCGCGUUAAGAAGAUGAAGCUGUCCCGGGCAAGGAUUGACCAAGACGAGCGCAUGCGUGGAGCAGUGGACAGCGGAAUGUUUACCUCAAUGCUUGGCGCGGACUUCGCGGGCAAGCUUCACCGUGACGCGCUUGACUGCUCAGACUUGACAAGCCACCAAGCGCGCUUGUGUGUCGAUCGUCAGCGUGCGCAGCGCGCACAGCAGCCGCCUGUCCAGAUACCAGCGUAUCAGCCUUCGCCUAUGCCACAUCGACAGGAGUCACCAGCUGCGCCGAUGCAAUCGCCUUUGCCAACUCAGUUUCGGACGCCCGACGCAAGGCAGCGCAAGCUCGCUAUACGAAAGUUCGAUGCGACCGAAGUGUACGUCGGACUCGGGUCCGGCUUCUUCGACUGGGGCAAGACUUUCUGGAGGCAAGUUGACAUGUCUCAGGAGUCGUGCGGAUUCCUGUGGACCGAGAACGUCAAGACUGAUGUUCUUGGCCAGUACCUGACCGGCACAGCAGAGUGCUACUUCAGCAAGCAGGUCGACACGUGGUGGGCCGUGCUACCGACUCUCCAGUACGUGAUGCAGCGCAUGCUUGAUACAUUCCAGACGACAAUAACCGCAGCCCAAGCAAUGAAGCUGUUCACGACAAGGAAGGAAGGCAAGCGCUCGUGGCCGGAGCACUACCUGUACCUAGUUGCAGUCAGCGAUGCGGGCUGGUGGCGCUGA